AUCAAUCUGGCACUUACUAAUAUGCAAAGUUUUGAAAACUGUCCAUGCUCAUGUAAAGAACAUAUGAUCAUGCUUGUUACCUUCCCUUAUGUUUGUGUGCACCUUUACUGUAAAGUGGAGUUAAUACUAAGUCUGUUAUUACUAAGAUAAUUAUGAGUAUCACUCGGUUACAAGGCAUUUUCCCGGUGUUCAAACCGCGGGGUAUUACUUCCUCUCAGUUGCUAGAAGUCAUCAAAAUAAAACUAAAUAAAGAAAACACGAGUGACACUCCUGUUAAAAUGGGCCAUGGAGGAACUUUAGACAUAAAUGCCACAGGUGUACUGGUGGUUGGGAUCAAUGAUGGAUGUUCAAAGCUGCCAGCCUUCUUAGGUGGAUCAAAAGUCUAUCAUUCUAGUUGUGUGUUUGGUAGAGCAACUGACUCCUAUAACAAGGAAGGCAAAACUAUCAUGGAAAAAUCUUUUGAUCAUAUUACACUCUCUGAUAUAAAUAGCUUUUCUACAGCAAUGAAAGGGCAGGUUUUACAGAAGCCACCGCCUUUCUCCGCCUUGAAGUUUCAAGGUAAAAGGUUGUCAGAUCUUGCCAGAGAAGGAACAGUGGUAGAUCCGAACCCACGGUUGGUGAAUUGUUACGACUUCAAAGUUAUUGAAUUUGUACUUCCCAAACUAACAUUUGAGCUAUCAUGUAGCAAAGGUUUCUAUGUACGCAGCCUGGUUCAUGAUUUAGGAUUAGCUUUAGAUAGCUGUGCUUACCUCGACGAAUUGGAGAGGAUUCGACAAGGUCCUUUUGAAACCGAUCAUUGUCUGAUGGAGGAAGAUUGCACAGUUUCAGGUAUUAAACAGAAAAUUCUUGAUAUGUGGCAAAGUACAGAGGAAUAUCUAGAUUGUCAAAUGACCAUGUACCGCUCAUUAAAUGCCUCCAAAAAUCAAAGUCAGUUCCCUGUGAAACAUAAGCACGGUGGAUCAAACAAGAUUGGGAAAAAACAGUCGCAUAAAUGGGAAUUUGUCAAAUAAAUGACAGUUUGAUUAUU